AGUUGCCAGAUCGGAAAAUUCUGUAGGGUGGCAAUACCGGUAAGCAGAAGCUAAACACAAAGUUUUUUCGUCUGGCAUCAAAAAACGCAAUUUGUUAAUAUAAAAAAAGAAACUGAAAGAGACAUAGUUGUUUUUAUCAGCCUAUUUGCACAGCGACAGCGACUCACUCGUCUCUAGGGCAAUGGAUGCCAAUUCACGUUUUCCAACGCGAUUACCAGGCCCCGCCAUAAGCUCGAUUGUGGGUAAUUCUGAGGAGCCGCUGCCAAGUUUAUCCGAUUUGCAUGACUGCGAACCAAAGCUGGAGUUUGAUGAUACAGAGCUAUUGACCCCAGCGCCCCAGGAAGAUGUUAUGGUCGGUGAUUUUGUUCUAGCCGAUGAUUCCGAACUUGAGCACGAAGAAACCGUCAAUCCCUUAGACGAAGAUUUCGAGGACCAGCUGUGUGAGCAGUCCGAAAACUUUCAGGCGAUCAAGAACACAUGUGAUUUCUUGGGCACAGAUAAACAAGGACGUCCUAUUAUUGGCAUUUACGCCUCGCGCUUUCCCGAAAAAUCGCAGCUGGAAGGAUUUGUGCGACAAAUCAUCAAAGAGAUUGAACCCUAUGUGAAGAACGAUUACAUUUUCGUGUAUUUUCAUCAGGGACUUAAGGACGAUAAGAAGCCGUCGGCGCAGUUCCUGUGGAACUCGUACAAAGAGCUGGAUCGCGACUUUCGCAAGAAUCUAAAGACUCUGUAUGUGGUGCAUCCGACGUGGUUCAUCCGUGUCAUCUGGAACUUCUUUAGCCCAUUUAUCAGCGACAAGUUUCGCAAAAAGCUAGUGUACAUCUCCAGCCUCGAUGAGCUGCGUCAGGCGCUGGGCCUGAACAAGCUCAAGCUGCCCGACACCAUUUGUGACUUUGACGAUAAACAGAAUCCAAGUCGCAGUCGUGUACCGCAGGCAGCAAACCCCAAUGGGCGGCCGACGAUGCAGUUUGGCGUUUCCUUGAAAUUCAUCGUUAUGCACAGUCCAUGCCUCAACUCCAUACCGCCCAUUGUGCGCAAGUGCGUGGACUCGCUCUCCAUCACGGGUGUCAUUGAUACAGAGGGCAUCUUUCGUCGCUCCGGCAAUCAUGCUGAGAUUAUGGCUCUAAAGGACCGUGUCAAUCGCGGUGAGGAUGUGGAUCUCAGUAGUGUCAAUGUCCAUGUGAUUGCGGGCUUACUUAAGAGUUUCCUGCGGGAUCUGACCGAACCGUUGCUAACCUUUGAGCUGUACGAUGAUGUGACCAAGUUUCUAGAUUGGCCCAAGGAGGAGCGUUCCCGGAACGUCACCCAGCUGAUACGCGAAAAACUGCCCGAAGAGAACUAUGAGCUGUUCAAAUAUAUAGUCGACUUUCUGGUGCGCGUCGUCGACUGUGCGGACCUAAAUAAGAUGACCUCCUCAAAUCUGGCGAUUGUCUUUGGUCCGAACUUCUUGUGGUCUGGCCGCAAUAGCACUUCACUAGAGGAGAUUGCACCUAUCAAUGCAUUUGUCGACUUUGUGCUGCAAAAUCACAAAGCCAUUUAUCUGAUCGACGUUAACCAGCGUACUGUAAGCGUCGAUUAGCGAUCGCGAUGACUCCACAAUCAAGUCCGUAAUUUGUAAAUUGUUUCAUUAAGUGUUAGCCUUAAGCCCGCUAAGUGAGCACAGUGAAAAGCGCAAGCGUUGUUUCGUGUAUAAAGUGUACUAAUCUUAAGUUGAAAUUUUAAUUUCUUUAUUUAAUCUUGUAACUGUGUGUAAGGUUCUACUCUCUGCGCCUAUUUUAACUAACUCGUCACCUUUUUACUAUAUACUCUCUCCUUAAACUUCUUUAACUCAUUUCCAGCAAGAAUCUGUUAAUUUACCAAAGAAAUUUUUUUUACUUUGUUUUUUAAAAGAGAUAACUGAGAAACGAAUACGAUAUGAUAACAUGUUAUUUAUACAAAAAAAAAAACGCACAUUCCAAACUAAUACUAUAUGUAAGAUGCUGCUGAAUUCGCAAAUGCGAUCAUCUGGCAGAUCAUCUAUUGGAUUUGUAGAGAUUUCACAAACAUGAUAAGUGUAGAUUAUUGAAUUUCCUUAUAGUAAUACAAAUUUUAUAUAACAAAACGGUAUUGUUAAAAAAUAAAGUAAAUGUUAAUAUCUCAAUA